GGCUUCAGGCACACAGAAGCAGAAAAAGCCUUGCAGCCGGAGCCUGGGAAGGUUUACUCUCAAAUGUGGGGAGGAUCCGUGAUGGCAGAAGCAAAGUUCUCUAAGGCAGAAGGAGCCCAAGAUGCCCUGUCAAGUGCAGGGAAUGAUCAGAGGAAUGAGGAGGAUGAGGAACUGUAUCAUCUAUCGCCAGAUGAAGGCAGGAAUGAAGAUGUGAGCAGAAACUUCAGGAUUCAACACAGGCCUAGGAGGCAGAAAGUCAGCCGCACGGGGAAGAAGAGGGAUAACUCCAUUCCUUGCCAAGGGGAGGAUUUCCAAGAAGUAGCUCACAUGAUGGAGAAAACACACAGGUGCUUGGAGUGUGGAAUGAACUUCUCCGAUCAAACCCAAUAUAAUGUCCAUUUCGGAAUGCACAGUGGAAAGAAGACCCAUCAAUGCCUGACGUGUGGAAAGACCAUGAUUCGCAGAACAGAGUUCCUUAGACAUUUAAGAACACAUACAGAAGAGAAACCUUAUAGCUGCUCAGACUGUGACAAGAGCUUCUCAGAGAAAUCAGACCUUCUUCGACACCAAAGAAUUCAUGCAGGGAAGAAGCGCUUUAUCUGUUCAGAGAGCGGAAUGAUGUUCUUGGAUGGAAAAAAGGGUAAUGUACAUUUCUCAAAGCACAAUAUAAUGAAGGCAUGUAAAUGUUUUCGGUGUGGAAAGUACUUCAUGUACAGGUCACAGCUUUUGGUGCACCAAAGAAUCCACUCAGGGGAGAAACCUUUCGAAUGCUCAGAGUGUGGGAAGAGAUUCAGCAGAAGUGGCCAUCUUCAGAGUCAUCUAAAAACUCACACAGGGCAGAAGCCAUUUGAAUGCUCAGCGUAUGGGAAGAGAUUCAGUGACAGUAGCACUAUUCAUCAGCAUGAAAGAACCUACACAGGGAAGAUGCCUUUUGAAUACUCUGAGUGUGGGAAGAGAUUCAGUCACAGUGACCAUCUCCAAAAUCACCUAAGAACCCACACAGGGGAGAAACCUUUCGAAUGCUCGGAGUAUGGGAAGAGAUUCAGUGACAGUAGCACUAUUCAUCAGCAUGAAAGAACCUACACAGGGAAGAUGCCUUUUGAAUACUCUGAGUGUGGGAAGAGAUUCAGUCACAGGAGCACUCUUCAAAAUCAUCUAAGAACCCAUACAGAGGAGAAGCCUUUUCAGUGGUCAGAGUGUGGGAAGAGAUUCCAUGACAGUAACAUUCUUCAACAGCAUCAAAGAACCCAAACAGAGGAGAAGCCUUUUGAAUGCUCAGAGUGUGGGAAUAGAUUCAGCCAGAGUAGCAAUCUUCUACGGCAUCAAAGAACCCACACAGGGGAGAAACCAUUUCCAUGCUCAGAGUGUGGGAAGAGAUUCAGUGACAGUAGCACUCUUCAAAAGCAUCAAAGAAUCCACACAGGAGAGAAACCUUUUCCAUGCUCAGAAUGUGGGAAGAGAUUCAGUGACAGUAGCAAUCUUCAAAUUCAUCUAAGAACUCACACAGAGGAGAAGCCUUUUGAAUGCUCAGAGUGCGGGAAAAGAUUCAGUCAGAAGGGCACUCUUCAACAACAUCAAAGAACCCACACAGGAGAGAAACCUUAUGAAUGCUCAGAGUGUGGGAAGAGAUUCAGUGAAAGUAGCACUCUUCAACGGCAUCAAAGAACUCACACGGGGGAGAAGCCUUUUGAGUGCUCAGAGUGUGGGAAGAGA